GGCGCGCGGCGGCACCAUGCUGGACCCGUCCUCCAGCGAGGAGGAGUCGGACGAGGUGCUGGAAGAGGAGAGGCGGGACGUGCUGGUGGUGGCCGCGGGCUGCGGCGCCGGCUCGCAGCGCGCCCCGCCGGCUCCUCUCAACAAGCAGCAAUUACAAAUACUAAAGGAGCGUUUCCAGCUCUUCCUGAAUGGAGAGACACAAAUUGUAGCAGAUGAAGCAUUUUGCAAUGCUGUGCGAAGUUAUUAUGAGGUUUUUCUCAAGAGUGACCGAGUUGCCCGAAUGGUUCACAGUGGAGGAUGCUCUGCAAAUGACUUUAGAGAUGUUUUUAAGAAAAACAUAGAAAAGAGGGUCCGAAGUUUGCCAGAGAUUGAUGGAUUAAGCAAGGAGACAGUGUUAAGUUCUUGGCUAGCCAAAUACGAUACCAUAUACAGGGGAGAAGAGGACUUUUGCAAACAGCCGAAUAGAAUGGCGUUAAGUGCUGUAUCGGAACUUAUUCUGAGCAAGGAACAGCUUUAUGAAAUGUUUCAACAGAUUCUAGGGAUCAAAAAAUUGGAUCACCAGUUGAUUUAUAAUGCCUGCCAACUGGAUAAUGCAGAUGAACAAGCAGCUCAGAUCAGACGUGAGCUAGAUGGACGUCUACAACUGGCAGAACAAAUGGCAAAGGAAAGAAAAUUUCCAAAGUUUGUAGCGAAAGAAAUGGAGAGCAUGUAUAUAGAAGAGUUCCGAUCUUCAGUGAAUUUGUUAAUGGCAAAUUUGGAAAGUCUUCCAGUGUCUAAAGGUGGCCCAGAAUUUAAAUUGCAGAAGUUGAAGCGAUCACAGAAUUCAGCUUUCUUGGACAUAGGUGAUGAAAAUGAGAUUCAGCUGUCAAAAUCUGAUGUGGUUCUCUCAUUCACAUUAGAGAUUGUAAUAAUGGAAGUGCAGGGUUUAAAGUCAGUAGCUCCCAAUCGGAUUGUUUACUGCACAAUGGAAGUGGAAGGGGGAGAGAAACUUCAGACUGAUCAGGCAGAAGCUUCAAGGCCACAAUGGGGAACUCAAGGGGAUUUCACCACUACCCAUCCUCGGCCUGUGGUCAAAGUAAAGCUCUUUACAGAAAGCACAGGGGUCCUAGCACUUGAAGAUAAAGAACUAGGAAGGGUGAUAUUGUAUCCAACAUCCAAUAGCUCAAAGUCACCUGAGUUGCAUAAAAUGAUAGUCCCCAAAAACAGUCAGGACACUGACUUGAAGAUUAAACUAGCAGUGAGAAUGGAUAAGCCACCACAUAUGAAGCACUGUGGAUAUUUAUAUGCUUUUGGACAGAAGGUUUGGAAAAGAUGGAAAAAACGCUACUUUGUCCUUGUUCAGGUUAGCCAGUACACCUUUGCUAUGUGCAGUUACAGAGAAAAGAAAUCUGAGCCUCAGGAAUUAAUGCAGCUUGACGGAUACACGGUGGAUUAUACAGCUCCUCACCCAGGUCUUCAGGGUGGCCAGAUGUUUUUCAAUGCUGUUAAAGAAGGAGAUACAGUAAUAUUUGCCAGUGAUGAUGAGCAGGAUAGAAUACUAUGGGUUCAAGCAAUGUACAGGGCAACAGGUCAAUCAUAUAAGCCUAUUCCUGCAAGUCAAGCACAAAAGAUGAAUCCAAAAGGAGGAAAUGUCCACACAGAUUUAUCACAGCAUUAUGCAGAUCGUGGUCAGAAACAUGGUAUGGAUGAGUUUAUUUCUGCUAAUCCCUGCAAAUUUGACCAUGCUUCCCUCUUUAGACUGCUUCAGAGGCAGACCUUGGAUCAUAGAUUGAAUGAUUCCUAUUCUUGUUUGGGUUGGUUUAGCCCUGGCCAAGUCUUUGUGUUAGAUGAAUACUGUGCUCGUUAUGGUGUGAGAGGCUGUCACCGCCAUCUCUGCUAUCUUAAUGAAUUGAUUGAACAUUCAGAAAAUGGUGCUGUCAUUGACCCAACCUUGCUCCAUUACAGCUUUGCUUUCUGUGCUUCUCAUGUUCAUGGCAACAGGCCUGAUGGAAUUGGAACAGUAUCAGUUGAAGAGAAAGAAAGGUUUGAGGAAAUUAAAGACAGACUUUCCACCCUCUUAGAAAACCAGAUAAGCCACUUCAGAUACUGUUUUCCAUUUGGACGUCCUGAAGGAGCUUUAAAAGCUACACUUUCAUUACUUGAAAGGGUUUUAAUGAAAGAUAUUGCCACUCCCAUACCAGCAGAAGAGGUGAAGAAAGUGGUCAGAAAAUGUCUGGAGAAAGCUGCCUUGAUCAAUUACACUCGACUUACAGAAUAUGCCAAAAUAGAAGAGACCAUGAACCAAGCAAUACCUGCUAGAAAGCUGGAAGAGGUUCUUCACCUUGCAGAACUCUGCAUCGAAGUAUUGCAGCAAAAUGAAGAGCAUCAUUCAGAGGCCAGAGAGGCAUUUGCUUGGUGGCCAGAUUUAUUGGCUGAGCAUGCAGAGAAAUUUUUGUCCCUUUUCUCUGUUGAUAUGGAUUCGGUACUGGAGGCACAACCACAAGAUUCCUGGGACAGUUUUCCACUUUUUCAGUUGCUAAAUAACUUCUUAAGAAAUGACAUAUUUUUGUGCAAUGGAAAGUUUCACAAGCACUUGCAAGAAAUUUUUGUUCCCCUGGUCAUCCGCUACAUUGAUCUCAUGGAAUCAUCUAUCGCUCAGUCCAUUCACAGAGGUCUUGAACAAGAAUCGUGGCAACCUGUCAAGAGCAUCACCAACAGUCUUCCCAAUGUAGCUCUUCCAAAAGUUCCAAGUUUGCCUCUUAAUCUUCCACAGAUUCCUAGCUUUUCUACACCAACUUGGAUGGCUUCUUUAUAUGAUUCCACCAAUGGUUCAGCUACAUCAGAAGAUCUCUUUUGGAAACUGGAUGCACUGCAGAUGUUUGUUUUUGACCUACACUGGCCAGAACCAGAAUUUGCACAUCAUUUAGAGCAAAGACUUAAACUUAUGGCCACUGAUAUGAUAGAAGCUUGUGUCAAAAGAACAAGAGUUGCUUUUGAACUGAAGCUGCAAAAGACAAACAAAUCAACAGACUUGCGCAUUCCUGCUUCUCUGUGUACAAUGUUUAAUGUAUUAGUUGAUGCCAAAAAACAAACUGCUAAACUCUGCAUUUUGGAUGGAGGGCAAGAGUUUGCUAGUCAGUGGAAACAAUACCAUUCCAAAAUAGAUGACUUGAUUGAGGAAACUGUUAAAGAAAUUAUUUCACUUCUUGUUUCAAAGUUUGUUUCAGUAUUAGAAAGUGUGCUGUCUAAAUUAUCACGGUAUGAUGAAGGCACUUUCUUCUCAUCGAUCCUUUCAUUCACUGUGAAAGCGGCUGCAAAAUAUGUUGAUGUACCUAAACCAGGAAUGGAUCUAGCAGAUACCUACAUCAUGUUUGUUCGGCAAAACCAAGAUAUAUUUCGAGAAAAGGUCAAUGAGGAAAUGUAUAUAGAAAAGUUAUUUGAUCAAUGGUACAGCAGCUCCAUGAAAGUCAUAUGCGUAUGGUUGGCUGACAGAUUAGACCUUCAACUUCACAUCUACCAACUGAAGACUCUCAUCAAGAUAGUGAAGAAAACCUACCGAGACUUCAGGUUGCAGGGUGUGUUGGAAGGAACGUUGAACAGUAAAACUUAUGAUACUGUUCACAGCCGUCUUACAGUAGAGGAGGCUACAGUCUCAGUCACUGAUGCAGGAGGACUUCAAGGUAUCACCAUGAAAGACAGUGAUGAAGAAGAAGGGUAAUAGUGAGCUAUUUCACCUAGAAGUUAAUGCUAGGUGUAUGUUUUGUAACUUGUCUUGGUAUUUGCAUUUAUAGUUUUGCCUUAUAACACAAUUGCAGAAAUGUAAUUCAUUCCUUUUUUU